ACAAAAACACUCCACCUACGCGCACAGAAAGUUAACCUGCCAGUAUCUACCAGGGGAACCGGUUGGUGUGCUUUGUUAUGAAUCCAGGUUUGGUCUACGGCGGGGUGGAAAUCAAGCCUGACAUCACCAAUGAGGAACAAGUAAAGGUUUAUUUGAUGCUGAACAGAGAACCGUUUCGGGAUCACCAAUGACGUUGCAGACAGGAGCAGCACCAGUCCUGUGAGUCUCUGAGAGCAAGGUGUGUCCUGCGCCAGUAUUGGCAUACGGGUUUUAGCAGACACAAGGCAGGUGUGGAAAUACUGAAGAGGUUUGAAGUUACAGGACUGCACCCCUGACGAAACCAGACAGCAGCUACAGGAGGAUCUGGCCUGGACCCGACCAUGUCUUCAAAACCGAACGGGAGCCCCCCUCCCUACCACCCUGGCAGUGGCUACCCUCACAGCAUGUAUUCGCAGCCAAUGGAUGUCUACGGCAGCCGCGUGAUGUCCCAGCCCGCGUACUCCUACUACCCGGACGACGAGUUCCUGCACUUCUACAAGUGGAACUCCCCCCCGGGCAUCAUCAAGAUCAUGGCCAUCAUCAUCAUCAUCCUCUGCGUCGGCAUCUUCGCUUGCGUGGCCUCCACGCUGGCUUGGGACACGGACAUGGGCCUCUCGGGCUUCAGCGGGAUUGGAGGCUCGUAUGGGUCCGGGACCGGGUACAGCGGAUUCGGUGGUUACGGCGGCUACGGCUCUGGUGCGUCUUACGGUUACGGGAACCUCGGAGGAAACUACAUCGACCCCAGGACGUGCAAGGGAUUCAUCAUUACGAUGGCGGCCAUAUGCUUCGUGACGAUGCUGGUGAUCUUCAUCUUGGUCGUCUCCAGGCAGAGCGUCUCCAGGUCCAGGAAGUUUUACCUGGCCGUGAUCAUCGUCGCCGCCAUCUUGUGCGUCUUGAUGUUCAUCGCCACCAUCGUCUACCUGGUGGGGGUGAACCCUGCCGCGCAGACCUCUGGUUCCAUUUACUACAACCAGGUCAUAGCGCUCUGCUCCCAGUACCAGAACCCAGUUCCCUCUGGGGUCUUCAUUAACCAGUACCUUUACCAUUACUGCGUCGUCGAGCCGCAGGAGGCUAUUGCCAUUGUGUUUGGCUUCCUUGUAGCUGUUGCGUUGGUCGUUAUCCUCGCCUUCGCUGUUAUAACGAGAAAUAAAAUCAAUCGCUAUGGAAAAGAGAGCAUCUUGUGGAACAAAUUUAAAGUCGUCGAUGAGGUUGAGGAGGGCCCUGCCCAUGUGGAAGAAUGGGUCAAAAAUGUGUCGGACUACCCAGAUGGAGUUGUAGCGGACUACCCAGAUAAGCUCCGUGGCUCCACCAGUGUGCUGGACAAUGGCAGCUAUGAUGACAGUAAGCCUAACAAAGGCAACUACCCCAUGGAGCCGGAGCUGACUGUGCCCCUGCAGAGCCAGCCUUACCCGCCCCACAGCAGCAGCUCGGAGAUGACGGAUUCGACCAAGAAGCCCCCCAGGAAGAGGCGCCCAGGCCGGCCGCGGCGCACGGAGGGGCAGGACUACGACACCGACUACACGACAGGCGCAGAAUCUGCCGAUGAGCUGGACGAUGAGUGGGAAAGCGAGUUCCCGCCCAUCGCCAGUGAACAGGACAGGCAGGAUUACAAGCGGGAGUUCGACAGGGACCAUCUGGAGUACAAGAAGCUGCAGGCCGAGAUGGACCAGACCAACAAGAAGCUGUCGGAGUUGGACAGAGAGCUGGAUGAGCUGGAAGAAGGCAGCCCACAGUACCUGGAUGCCGUUGACGAAUACCACAGACUGAAGGAUAUAAAGAAGUCUUCCGACUACCAGAAGAAAAAGCAGCGCUGUAAAUAUCUGAAAGGGAAACUGUCCCACAUCAAAAAGAUGGUCAGCGACUAUGAUCGGCAAGCGUGAGCGAGCAAGCCACAGUGCCAACCGGAGCCUGCCCACUCGUCAGUGCUAAGAAACGGGAGGAGGAGAUUGAGGGGGGUAGUUUUCUAGGCUAUCUUGUUUGAAUGGGAGGCCUUUGGUAUUGAUUGAUGAUGUGUUCCUUUUUCUUGUUUUUUUUUAAACCCUAAGAACUAGAAGAAAGUUUCCUGGAAGUGAUCUGAAAGAUUAGUCUUCUAAUUUUUAAACUAUGAGACUGGGCAAGAUAGUUUUGAUAUUUAACUUUUUCUCAUGUCUAAGGGAAACCUUUUACUGCAUGAUUUAGCCUUUUGACAUAAGAUUGAGCAGACACAUAGACUAACAGUGCUUCCACAACUUUAUCCUUUUUUUUAUUUCUAUAAAAUACGUAGUUGUACACUAAAUAACUCUUCUAAUGGGCAUGCUAAAAUAUUUGAAUUGGGUAUUUUGAUUGGCUCGGAAUGGGCAUCUUCCAGUUCAGUUUUAUAUUUUAUUACAGUUAUGUUUGGAAGCCUUCAAUCUUCAAUUUUUUUUUUUUAAUUUCCUGCCAUUAAAAGCACGCCUUACGCUGAGAAAAGGAUGUGCAAACCAUUUCCCCCCCGUUUAAUAUUUUGGAUACACGUGGAUGUUUUCGACUCAGGAAAAACAUUUUCUGCUCUGAAAAAAAAUUCUUAGACUGUACAAGUAAAAUGUGUUACUAAAUAGAUAUUUUAACAUGCUUUCUAAGUGAAAAUGCUAUAUAUGCUGUGACAGUCUUUUUAAUCCAGUGAAUAUUUUGUAAAUAUAGUUUUGAUAUGUUGGAUAUACCAAUCUGCUGAAAUGUGUAUAUUUCUUUAGCUUUUUUAACAUUCUGUAUUUUAUCUGUUGAUGUGAAUAAUGCUUGAUGUUGUGUCUUUCUUAAUAUGGUUCUUGGCCUUUCAUUAAACCACUGCAAAACACCAUUACAAAGCAGCAUUUUAUACUGCUUAAGAAAUUAGAUUAAUUACUUUGUUGGACCUGAUUAGACUUACUUUUGUUUUAUUAGUGAUCAUAGAUUAAGUAAACUAGGUUGAAAUAUUUUUAUUUUGGAUAAAUAGACAAUAAAGUACUUUAAGACAAAAACCUGAAUGUCAUUAAUUUAUGGUAAAUGUUUGUAUUGUCUUAUUCCUUGUUUAGUUUUUCAAUGGAAGAUUAUAAAGCAGUAAAUAAACUUCUGAAUGGAG